CGCCAUCAUUAAUCUGCUUCAAAUCUCAUGUCAUGGACUGCUUGAUGACCGGUCAAUAAGCCAGGUCACAAGCGACCUCUGUGCUUUCCUGACAUGACGGCGGAUACCGAAGAAGCACCCCCCGAGGUCCAUCACUACGAGCACAUUGAGGACGUCCCUUGGGAUAUCCAAAAUUACUGGGCACAACGCUACAAGAUUUUCUCCAAGUAUGAUGAUGGGAUAUGGCUGACUGAUGACGCCUGGUUUGGCGUAACCCCAGAACCAGUUGCCAAUAAGAUAGCAGAGCACAUCGCCAAUUCAGCUCCUGCUGGACGUAGUAUCUUGAUCGAUGCAUUUGGGGGAGCUGGUGGGAACACUAUUGCAUUUGCAAAGUCUGGGAAAUGGAAACGCGUCUAUGCCAUCGAAAAAAACCAUGCGGUUUUACAGUGCGCCAAGCAUAACGCCAAAGUAUAUGGCGUUGAGAACAAAAUUACCUGGUUUGAAGGGGAUUGCUUCGAAAUAUUGAAGAACCAGCUCAAAGACUUGGCUCCAUAUGCUGUUCUUUUUGCAAGUCCUCCUUGGGGUGGACCAGGAUAUCGAUCAGAUCAUAUUUUUGAUCUGCGUGCUAUGGAACCUUACUCUUUGUCCAAGCUUUACAAUGAAUUUUCUGCUUUCACAGAGCACAUGGUCCUGUAUCUUCCAAGAACUUCAGAUGUGAGACAACUAGCAUUGCUGGUAAAAGAUGACCAGAAGGCUACGGUGAUGCACUAUUGUAUGGAAGGUGCUAGUAAGGCAUUAUGCAUCUUCUAUGGAGGAUACAGCAUGUCCUGAUGGUCGAAUUAAUACUAUUUGAUAUGACAUCUUGCUCAAUACGACCUGACGGGAACUUAGCGUCAAAUGGCGUAUGUAUGUCUUCCACAAUAGCUCUCAAGAGAAUACUCAGUAG